ACAAAUAUUGUGCAAAAAAUUCAAGUCGCGGAAGCAACAAAAGUUUUUCGGGAAGAAAGUUGGUCAAAUAUAGCCAUUAAAUAUUCAUAAAGUUGGAUUUAUUUAGUCCGAAAUAAGUUCUAGUAUGGAAAUGGUGUAAAGCAAUAUAUGAACGUUCGUAUACAUAAAUGAAAUAUUAAAUUCUGCAGCUGCAUUCCUUUGUGCUAGCUGCUGCGUCAAACGCAAAUAUUUAUGCAAUCCAGCACGGGCGUGAAUUUCAAUUCAUACCUACCUAAAUGCGUCAAAAUCAAUUUUAAAACAAUUCUGUCGGAUAAAAAUAUAUAAAUUAAUUCGAAAAUAUAAAACUGACUGUUUCGAAAAUGUCAGCAGUAUGAAGAGUUAAAAAUAAACACACAACCACCUCCACAAUUUUAGCUCUGCUUAAACGGCAAUCAUAAUACGGCAGAAACCAUUGUGAGCGCAGCGACGUUUUUGUGACAAAUCUCCACUUUUUGCCCUUUGAUUUGGGCGAUGUUUACUAUCAUGGAAAGUGCUAAAAUAAAAAUACAUAAAUGAAAAUAAAAUUGAAUGCAGCGUGUGGGAUAUAUUUGAGUCAUAAGUACUAUAUAUGAGUGAUUUGCUAUCCUUUGGCGUAAGACCAUUUACAUAGCCAAAAUGUCUGACUUUAUGCCACGUGACAUUCUUCCUGAUCUUUGGGAGGAGAUUCUUAAACGUCAUUGGACAUAUUUGGAAACGGAAGGAAGCGUAGAAAAGAUCGAAGAAGGAAAAAAAUUAGAGAAUUGCCUUAAGGAGUUUCUGUGCAUUGUGCCUCAUGAUCGGAAGUUUUUUCUUCCCGAGACUGCUCACGUGCUCAGGAAAUCAAUACGAGAAACGGACAAGUUCAAUGCGUACAAGGCGAUCAUUGGCUUUCGUUCAAUCAGCCAUUAUGCAAACAACUUAUUCACAAAACCAUGGCGGAAAGAAUUUAGAGUGUUAAAGAUGUAUUCCGGUUUCUAUCAGCAUGAAAUUAAAUCUAAUUUGCUUGAUGCUGAAAAACUCUUCGAGGCUAUGGGCUACCGACAGGUUUCGGAUGAGAUUCUUGUACUAGAUGGUCCUAUUUGUCCCGAUCAAGUGACAAAUGUAUCACGUGACGCAAUGGCGGCCUAUGUCGAGUGUCAAAUAAUGGAGCACAUCUAUGCGGGCCUCAUUGCUAUUGGACUGACAUGUUCUUGGCAGGAUAUUUUUAACUAUCGGGAAACAUUUGUUGGCGGAACCUCACAAGCAAUCAAAGGUUUGGCCUACGCUAUUCACGAAAAGCGAAUGCGAAAGGAAAAACUUAUAACUCUUGAUAACUGCUAUGCUAGCAUCCAACACUCACCACAAACGUUAAAUAUCACCCCGACGUCGUCAGAGUGUCCAAAUUGUGCGCUUUAUAAUCGAAUGCCCGCACAUCCGCAGUACGCUAUGCAUAGUGACAACCAUCGAACAUGUGCCCUUCACACGCCUGCAUCGACAAAAGUGACGAACCAUUUGUACAAUGGAAAUAGCAAAAUGCCUUCUUACCCAAUAUCAGGAUAUCAACAAGCGCAGCACGCAGGUUUUGGCGUAUCCCCUGCGGGCAUGCAGCACUCACGAAGUUUGGAGCACUAUAGUGAACCGGUGCCACAAUUGCCACAUAGACAUUCAUUUGAUCAUCAGCAAAAGGGCUGCACUGCACAUCAUUACAAACCGCCACAUCAAUUGCCCCCACAGCACGUGUACGAGUCUCCUUAUGAUUGUCUGGAUGGUUCAAGCAUGGGCGGUAGUAGUGUUUCUUAUGCAGCCGUUGUGGCAUCCGGUGGCGUUUCAAAUAACGGUAUUAGCAACUGUGAAAUGAAUUCCGCUUACUAUCAUCCUUACAACGUGUCGGGUAAUCGGUAUCCACUCCCGUACAACAUUUCAAAUCAGUUGAAUUCGCACUAUGCAACUCCUAAUGUUACGUGCAAUGGCAUUAAAGGUGAUCCCUACAAUAAUGCAGACAACAGUGGCUAUGCUUCCGUAUCGAAAACGCAUAAUUGUAAUCACCAUCAGCCGCCACUGCCGCCAAUGCGUCAAUCGUCUGUAGUGGCUGGUGGUAAAGAUUUUCAAGCGUACCGACAACGUUCCUUUCCACCUGAUCAACAGUUGAUUGAAUUUGAUGAUCGAGCGCCGCUAACGUCGCAUGACUUCCACGCGCAACUACAUGGAAUAGCGCAUUGUAAUUCAUUUGAUUACGAGCGCGAGCGAGAUAGGGAGCGUGAACGGGAUCGAAUGCUCGAGCAGCAGCGGCGCUUGAGUCGUGCGACCAACGUGGCAUCAGCGUACGCUCAGCCGAAGGAUAUUGUAAUGGGCCUGCCAUAUGCGUCGCAUGCGGGAAUACCAUCUGCUUCUCAGCAGCCCUCGUCUGAUGACAUGUAUGGCAGUUAUGUGUAUGCACGUCCUUUACCUAAAGCUGAUCGUUCUAAAUUUAACUCAUCGUCUACUAAUGCGGCACCAAAGUAUGAAAGGAACUCUAAUAUAUUGGAUGCACUUGAAAAUAACGAUAAACAACUACAUCUGCAGACCAUGGAAUUAAAGGAUAACACUACACCGCACAACGGGAUGCCUGGCGGAGGUAGUCGACGGAAAAUAUCUAUGCUUGCCGAUGAAGCGCCAGACAUGAGUUUCGAGUCGAAUUUCGAUGAUUUUAUUACCGUGGGCCAUAGUGAGCAUCCUAUACACCGUUCACCGACGCAAGCAUCCAAAAAUCAAGAUGGUGUAGGUUCCUUCGAGUCAUGGAACUACGUUUUUAAGAAUCUGGAGCGAUCCGGUUAUUCCAAGGACUUAGGUGAACGAGGAGAUCUGCUUGUUCAGGGCUUAGAUUUGGACUCAAUGAAUUUAUCGAAUGGUGGCGGCGGAAGCGGCAGCGGUGGAAAGACUACAGUUGAAAGGCGGCGCUCAAAUCACGUAGAUGCGGCAAAAACAGGACGGCAAACUAACAACGAUUUAGGCAAGGCGCGUGCGUUGGAAAAAACGAAUGCGUCAACUGCGUUGCGAGAAAGUGAAAAACGCGAUGAGAAAAAAUUGGGAGCUGGUGGUGGUAAACAAGAAAAAUCUAUUCUGAAACAGCAGCAGCAACCAGUGAAGAAAACAAAGUCUGCUCUAAAGCAAACUUCGAAUAUAGCCACACACUUAGCGCAUGACAAUAAUAAUGGCAAUAACGAAAUGCAACUCGAGAGAAACUUGCGGCUGAAGAAUCGCAAACAAGCCGCAGAGGAAGUGGCCGCCACACAGCCAACCAUGAGUGGCCAGAGUGAAUGGAGCUGUCAUUUCUGCACUUUUCUCAAUCCUAAUACGAAACGAAUAUGUGAGAUGUGUUGCCGCAGCAAGGACUUCAAUCUUGAAGCGACCGUAUCGCACACACCUACUUGCGUUUAAUCGGUUGCAACCCAGCUUGUUACGCAUGCCGUGCAGUGGGCAAAUUGAUAUUUUGUGGAGCAUAGCAUAGUCAGAAUUCUGAAAUUGUUAUUUAUCAUAUGCGAAGUAAUAAUAUUCGUUGUGAGCAUGGAAGUCAUUAGUCAAAUCUAUACAGAAAUUUAAAACUUUUAACACAUUUUGUUUGUUCUUACAACUGCUCCUUGUAGGGAUCCCAUGUUAUUGUUUUGUUUGUGUGCCUCCUUUCAUGAAUACAGUCCUGAAGCGAAUUGCUGGGCCAAGCGUAUUUCAGUGUUACUCUUAUUUAUAAUGUAAACUCUUUUUUAUUCAUUGUUGAAACUUACUAGAUGUAUUUUAAUAAAUUAUUAACUUAAGAAGUAACAACAAUCAAGGUUUUAAUCCUUUGGUUCCAUUUGUGCCUCCUGUUUUAUUGUUUGACAAACAACUAACCACAAAUUUCCAAAUACGAAUUUGAUUGUGAAAUUUAAACUUAAUGCGAGUUAGAAAACCUGUAUAUUUUGUAAACUUAAUU